CAGGCCUCAGAAAGAUGGCGUCCUCAGAGCAGGCAGAGCAGCCGAGCCAGAGAUUGAGUCUCACAGUGUUGCCCAGGAUGUAUGGUCUUACUUUAAAGAAUGUUGAGGCUGUGGCCGGAUGCAGUGGCUCAUGCCUGUAAUCCCAGCACUCUGGGAGGCCAAGCCAAGCUCUACCCCAGGAAGUGAAAAUGUGCUGCCUCGAGAACCGCUGAUUGCCACAGCUGUGAAGUUUCUACAGAAUUCCCGGGUCCGCCAGAGCCCACUUGCGACCAGGAGAGCGUUCCUUAAGAAGAAAGGCUUGACAGAUGAAGAGAUUGAUUUGGCUUUCCAGCAGUCGGGCACUGCGGCUGAUGAGCCUUCGUCCUUGGGCCCAGCCACACAGGUGGUUCCCGUCCAGCCCCCUCACCUCAUUUCUCAGCCAUACAGCCCUGCAGGUUCCCGAUGGCGAGAUUAUGGUGCCUUGGCCAUCAUCAUGGCAGGGAUUGCAUUUGGCUUUCAUCAGCUCUACAAGAAAUACCUGCUCCCUCUCAUCCUGGGCGGCCGAGAGGACAGGAAGCAGCUGGAGAGGAUGGAGGCCAGUCUCUCCGAGCUGAGUGGCAGCGUGGCCCAGACAGUGACCCAGCUACAGACCACUCUUGCCUCUGUGCAGGAGCUGCUGAUCCAGCAGCAGCAGAAGGUCCAGGAGCUCGCCCACGAGCUGGCUGCCGCCAAGGCCACUACAUCUACGAACUGGAUCUUGGAGUCCCAGAAUAUCAAUGAACUCAAGUCGGAAAUUAACUCCUUGAAAGGGCUUCUUUUGAAUCGGAGGCAGUUCCCUCCGUCCCCCUCAGCCCCGAAGAUCCCCUCCUGGCAGAUUCCAGUCAAGUCGCCAUCGCCCUCCAGCCCUGCGGCCGUGAACCACCACAGCAGCAGUGACAUCUCCCCGGUUAGCAACGAGUCCACGUCGUCCUCGCCCGGGAAGGAGGGCCACAGCCCUGAGGGCUCCACGGUCACGUACCACCUGCUGGGCCCCCAGGAGGAGGGUGAGGGUGUGGUGGACGUCAAGGGCCAGGUGAGGCUGGAGGUGCAGGGCGAGGAGGAGAAGAGGGAGGACAAGGAAGAUGAGGAGGAUGAGGAGGACGACGUGGGCCACGUGGACGAGGAGGACUGCCUGGGGGUGCAGAGGGAGGACCGCCGGGGCGGGGACGGCCAGAUCAAUGAGCAGGUGGAGAAGCUUCGGCGGCCUGAGGGCGCCAGCAAUGAGAGUGAGCGGGACUAGCCCUGCCUGCCUGUCCAUGAUGGUGGCCACAGCCACCGCCUCCUCUGGUCCUGGAACCCAGGUAGGGGACAGAGCUGUUGUCGGCUGCGCUGUGGCCUGGCAGCGAGGUGGGGGUCGCGGCUCUGUCCACCAGCCUCCUCUCACCUGCCCGCCAGCCCCAGCCUGCCAGUUCCUCAGCUCAGCCCCUGCCAGCCCCUCUCCCGGACAGACAUCCUGUCCGGGGUAUGUUUGCUGCGUGUCUUGACUACCGUGACACCGCGCAUGGCCAGAGCUAGUCGUCACCUGCCUGCCCACUCCUCGGCAGAGGAGGAGCUGUAGUUCCUCUGGUGUCCACCAUCUCUCUCACCCUCUCCAGCCCUGUCCCCACAGCCCUGGGGUGCCUGUCCCCAGCCUCAGCUGUGCCCUGUUGUCCUCCCAGACAAAUGAAACCACCCUGCACUUGGGCCCGCCCCCGUGUGCCAUGUAACGGCUCAGCUAAUCCCCUGACGAGCCUGGCCCGGGGCCCUCCUGACCCACAGAUGCCUCUGUCCUUCCCUGCAGGGAGCACACGUUCACCUGUGUGAUCAUGUAUAGAUUGCAGAAUAUGAGAGAGGCCUGUACAUAAUUGUAAUAAAUACGAGUUGCCACUAUUUAAUUCCUGC